UCUUCCCUCAGUGUCUCUCCUCCAGAAGUCUCCCUCCUCUCCAGUCAGCUGCCACGCUACAGGUUUCUACCCUGACAGAGCCAUGAUGUUCUGGAGGAAAGAUGGAGAGGAGCUUCAUGAGGACGUGGACCUCGGAGAGAUCCUCCCCAACCACGAUGGAUCCUUCCAGAUGAGUGUUGACCUGGACCUUUCAUCAGUCCCAGCUGAAGACUGGAGGAGGUACGACUGUGUGUUUCAGCUCUCUGGUGUGGAGGACGACAUCAUCACCAAACUGGACAAAGCAGAGAUCAGGACCAACAGAGAGAAGCCCACUAACAUGACCAUCCCCAUCAUCGCUGCAGUGGUUGUUCUGGCUCUCGUCCUCCUCGCUGUGAUCAGAGUCCUGGUUUACAGAAAGAAGAAAGCCAAAUGCCCUCCAUCUCCUGACAACAGCUCUGAGCUCUCUGAGAAACUGAAUCCAGACUCUAAAUCCUAAACCCAUCAACCUGCACACAGUGAGUUGACGUGAACUAUUCACACAAAGCUGCCAUAAACUCUGUGAAACCUUCUGGGAUUGGUUCUCUAUCCACUGGGAAACCUCUGGGACACAUUGGAGCUGUAAAGAACAUCUCCGACUUGGGGCGCCUGGACAGCUCACCUGGUAAAGCGUGCGCCCCAUGUACAAAGGCUCAGUCCCUGUCGUAGCGACCGCAGGUUCUCUGGUUGUAUCAGAUCACCGGGGGCAACGCUGCAAAUCAGUCAGUAACAUCCAGAAACAUGCUGCGCAGAUUAGACACCCGAAAUGUGCCGGAGGUGUCGGUGUAAAUGUAAAUGUGUGUUACUCCUGGGCCCAGUUUUUCUAAAGAUUUCAUCUGGAUGAAAUUGAUCUGGAUUUGGAAAUCCCAUGUUUUGCUAUCCAGGAUCACCUGAUCCAUCUUACUUUAUGCCAGUUUUUUAAAGGAACAUUGGAUUGGAUCACUGUGAUCCAAAUACCAAAUUUCAGGAUGACCAAAUCCUGUUUACCAGAGCCUUAAAUGGAACCAACAGUGUAGCCUGCUGGCUUAGCAAAGAACAACAGGUAGGCAAAAUACUGGUGGCCACAAAUGGACAUUGUUUGUUUUUGAAACAUUUUACAUUCCUUAUUUUGUUAUAAUGUUAAAUAACAAAACAAAAACAAUACUAUCUAAUAGUCCAUAUCUCAUUAGAUGUGACAUGCUUCAUAUAUGCUUCAAAUAUGAAGAAAUGUAUAUAUCGUCAGUAAACCUUUAUUUUAUGAUCAUUCACUUAACAAAAACCCUCUCUGAUUGUAUUUGGUUCCAAAAAUCACAACUGAAUCCACCCUUCUGAUGAGAUCAGGAUAAUCCUGUUUUUUUUUUUUUUUGGAUCAAAUAGAUUCCAAAGCGAGUUCAAAGUUUUGAAAAACCCAAAGGGCGGGUUUGAUCCAGAUCAAAUGUAAGAUCGGAUUACAUGAUCUGAUCUUGGUUCGGAAUCCCUCUUUUGCUUUUGAAAAACCCAUUUCCAAGAUUUGAUCCAAUCCGUGAUCCGAAAUCCCACUGGAUUACUUUUGAAAAACUGGGCCCUGGUGAUAAACUGGACUGACCACACGCACGCACACACACACACACGCAUACGCACACACACACACACACACAAAGCACUGACUGUACCAUUAUCACACCUAUGAGCCAAUCUGUGAAACACAGCCAUCAGGUGCACAAACACAUGAUUGCUUACAGUUUUUUUCCAAUUUUGCAAACUAGGCUGUUUUUAUCAAAAUACUUAUAGCAUUAUCAAAAUCAAACUUUUGCACCAAAUGGCACACACUUCAUUCAUAUUACCAGGUUUUUGUCUAACUAACUACACACUGUUGGGCAUAAUGAAAAGCACUCUCAUCUUUAGUAUGCUUUGUCAUAAUAUUAAAAUAGUUCAAAUUGUAGAAAA